CUGUUCUUUUUUUUUACACCUUUCCUAGCAGCCUCUCUCUCUCCUGCAAUCCAGUUCUGGAAAUUGUUCUGGAACCAUGCUUAAGCAGUAUUGUUUUUUGGCUCUACAUCAAGCAUUCUUGCUUUUCCUUCCAUGGUUGCUGCUGGAUAUUUCCACUCAUGUUUAUGGACAGCAGCUUCAUGCUUGCAAAGAAUCAGAGUACCACUAUGAAUAUACCGAGUGUGACAGCUCAGGAACAAGGUGGCGGGUGGCAGUUCCUCAUACCCCAGGACUCUGCACUGGGCUUCCAGAUCCAAUCAAGGGCACAGAGUGCUCAUUCUCCUGCAGUGCAGGACAAUUUCUUGAUAUGGAGGAGCAAAAAUGUUUGCCAUGUGGAAAAGGCACCUACUCUCUUGGAACUGGUGUGCGUUUUGAUGAAUGGGAAGAGCUGCCACACGGCUUCUCUACAAUGUCCAGCAAUCAGUACACAGCAGAGGAAGGAAUCAACAUGAACUGUAGCAUGUCACAGUGGGAACCACAUGGUGAAUAUGUUGCCUCAAACACAGAUGAAUGUUCAACCACUCUGAUGUAUUCUAUCAACCUGAAACAGGAAGGAUUCGUAGCCUUUGAAUACUUAUACCCAGACAGUAACAUUGGCUUUGAGUUCUUUGUUCACAAUGAUCAAUGCCAACCAAGAGAAGAAGAUUCCAGAUGGAUGAGAACUACAGAAAAAGGAUGGAGUUAUCACCAAGUAAAGUUGACAAAAGGCAAUAAUGUUCUUUACUGGAGAACAGCGGCUUUCUAUUUGCGAAGUGUCGUUCCUAAACCUGUGCUUUUGAGGACUAUACAGAUUACAGGUGCUGCCUAUACUUCAGAAUGUUUCCCCUGUAAGCCAGGCACAUUUGCAUCUACCAACGGAACAUCCACCUGCCAGGUGUGCCCAAAAGACACAUACUCUAACCGAGGAGCUUCUUCCUGCAUCUCAUGCGACCCAGAUAAAUAUUCAGAUUCUGGUUCUUCUUCCUGUAACCCACGUCCUCCUUGUACAGACAAAGAUUAUUUCUACACACAUACACCUUGUGAUGCCAAUGGGGAGACCCAACUGAUGUUCAAAUGGAUUGAGCCCAAGAUGUGCAGCGAGAGUGUGAAAAACUCUGUGUCACUGCCAACCUCAGUUGUUAAAAAGAAGUGUCCUCCCUGUAACCCAGGCUUCCACCAGACAAACUCCAGUUCCUGUGAACCGUGCCCUCAAGAUUCAUUCUCAAAUGGCACUACCUGUAGUAGCUGCCCAGUUGGAACAGAAGCUGUUUUAGGAUUUGAGUACAAGUGGUGGAAUGUUCUUCCAACCAACAUGAAGAGCACAGUGAUGAGUGGAAUCAAUUUUGAGUACCAGGGUGAAUCAGGAUGGGAGGUAGCUGGUGAUUAUAUUUACACAUCUGCAGGAUCUUCAGACAAUGAUUACAUAGUGCUCACUAUGAAUAUUCCCAGCUUCAGCCACCCACGAUCUGUUACACAAGAUGCAGAAAAUAAAGAGGUUUCCCACAUUACAAUCGUAUUUCAAAUGACAUGUUCUGUGAACUGCCAGCUCUACUUUAUGAUGGCUGUGAAUUCAGAGCUGAGCUCAGUUGUAAAGAACUGGGUAGGUACUCAGGAGAAGCAAUCAUAUACCUAUCGUAUACAAAAGAAUGCUAACACUACCUUCACCUGGGCGUUCCAAAGAACCAGUGUCAGAGAAAUGGGUCGCAAGUACACAGAAGAUGUGGCUAAGAUUUAUUCUAUUAAUAUUACCAAUACAAAGGAUGGUGUAGCAUCUUGGUGCCAGCCUUGUGCUCUAGGCACAGACUCUCUUUGUAUCUCUUGCCCUCCAGGGCAUUACAUUGACAAGAAAACAAGUAGUUGCACCCUUUGUCCAUCAAAUACAAUACUAAACGCACACCAACCCUAUGGAGUGGAAGCCUGUGUGCCGUGUGGCCCAGGGACACAAAGCAAUGAUGCACAUUCAGCAUGUUUUAGUGAUUGUUUACUGACUGUACCAGCAGGAAAGGGGCAGCUGAAAUAUAAUUUCUCUUCUCUUCCUAAUGUGACAUCAUUCUCUGGGCCACCGAGCUUUACCACCAAGGGCAAGAGAUAUAAUCAUAACUUCAGCAUCAGUCUUUGUGGAAACCAGGGGAAAAGGCUGGCAUCUUGUGUGGAUAAUGUAUUGGGUGGCAGAGGGACAGAGACAGAAUCAUGGAACACUGUGACUUCCUACAUUUGUCAGUCUGUUAUUGUACCAUCAGAUGCAUCAGGACACACAAUGUCAUCUCAACCAGUCAGCAUUGCUGAUCAUCUACUUGGUGUGACAACUGCCACAACUCUUGGUAAUAUUUCUGCACAAUUGUUUCCUGGAGAGAAUGCAGGAAUACGAGACAUUAUUUUCUACUUUAGGUCAAAUGAAUUCACGGAUUCUUGCCGUUCUGGCCGUGCCACAACUGUUCGACUUCGCUGUAACCCACAACUGACUGUUUUGGACAAAUUGUCCCCUCCUAGUGACUGUCCAGAAGGAACAUGUGAUGGGUGCACAUUUCAUUUUUUGUGGGAGACACAGGCGGCAUGUCCCCUUUGCAGUGAACAGGACUAUCAUAUAAUCACCAGUGAAUGCCAGCAUGGUCUUCAGAGGACCUCCCCGAUGUGGAGAGAUCCACGCCUGUGUGUUGGUGGUGUAGAGCUACCAAAUCCAAGUGUCACAAUCUGUAAGAGUGAGGACUUUUGGCUUAAAGUGGGUGUAUCUGGUGGUAUCUGCACUGCUCUGCUGCUCACUGUCCUUACUGGGUACUUCUGGAGGAAAAAUCAAAAACUGGAGUUUAAGUACUCACGCUUAAUGAUGAAUGCUCCCUCUAAAGAAGGGGAGCUUCCAGCUGCUGACAGUUGUGCUAUCAUGGAGGGAGAGGAUGCAGAGGAUGACCUAAUCUUUAAUAAUCACCGUUCUCUGUUACGGAAGUUCAUGUAUUUGUCUGGAAAGAGAUCAUCAGAUGGAUUUGAUUCAGUACCUCUAAAGUCAUCCGGAGGUGUCGACAUGGAUAUGUAAAUGGUUCUAUUAGACUGUCAAGUUUGGUUAUUAGUGUUCAGCAUGUCAACAAGCUUUCUUCAUUAUUAGCCUCAGAGAUUAACCACAUAUAUAUAUAUAUAUAUAUAUAUAUUUUUUUUUUUUUUUCUGGCUAUUAGAAACUGGAUGGACAUGGAACACUUUAAAUAAGAAUUUUGUGCCAUAUCAGACAGAAGGAGAGGUCAAUUACUUAACUCCAAAUGUAAAUGUGCACCCUUAUCUGGGAAAAACCUGGUUAAGGAAUCCAUGUAAGUGACUUUGGGACACCCUUUGAACCCAAGCACCAAAAUGAGGGUUCUCAAGUUUCUUAAAUAGUCUUGCAUAAACAUAAUUUUUUAAUUACUAGUUAUAGGCAGGCACAAUAAUAAUAUUAUUGUAAUAGUACCUUUAAGAGAAUCAACGUCUAUCUAACAAAGUAACACUGCUAGCUCAGUUGUGAGCUACCAUACAGCAGACCCCAAAACCAUGGGGUCUGCUGUAUAGUAGUCCAACUUCCCCUUCCACAUCUUCUCCUUCAAAUUGACUAAAACCGGGAAAGAGGAUAACCAAAGUCAUGGGGGGAGGCCCCAGGAGUUGCUUGAAGAUGCACACCAGGAAUCCGCUGAAGGUUUUUUCAAUGGUACCUGGUGACUUCUCGCUAUGACACUGACACUGCUUUUAUAUUAUUAAGAAGGGAUGACAACAUGCAUCCAUCACUUGAUCACUACAUUCUGUUAAACUGCCAAUGACUCAACACUGAUGUGUAUUCUGCCUUUGUAGAUGUAAUGGAAUACCUUCUUUGUUUCUCAUUUCUACAUGCUUGAAGAUGGUGUACGCUUGCAUCACAUUUUCUUUGUUCUUCAGAGUUCUAAGUGUUUUAAUGCGGAUAAAUAAAAAAACAAUUUUUUAAUAAA